CGUCCGACUCCUUCUCUCCCUUCCUGAAGCCUUGAGAGGACAAGGUCACGGUCGGCAGCACCACCCUACCUCCUCUCUCUACACUCCUCCUCUCGCGUCACCCUUUUCCUCAAUCCUCUCACAUUCCCUGAACCUCCUUCCUCACCGCCGCUCGCGUGCUUCACCGCCGCAAGCCGGUCUCUAGUCGCCGAAGCCAAAUGUCUUCCUCGACUUCCGCCAGCGCCGCUGCUGCGGCGCCGGCGCGUCCGGCGCCCAUGGUGCGCAGUGCCACGGUGCAGCGCACGCCCUCGCCCGCUCCGCCGGCCACGUCGGCGCCGCUGGGCAGCGCGCCGGCGCCGAGCAUGCUCCUCGAGCUCGCCGACGGCAGCGCACACCGCGGCAUCAGCUUCGGCGCAGAGGGCAAGAGCAUCUCGGGCGAAUGCGUCUUCCAGACUGGCAUGGUCGGCUACGUCGAGUCGCUCACCGACCCGUCGUACGAGGGGCAGAUCCUCGUGCUGACGUUCCCGCUGGCGGGCAACUACGGCGUGCCGAGCCGCGAGGAGGCCGAGUCGUCGAUCGCCUCGCUGCUGGCAAGCCCGUUUGAGAGCUCGCGCAUCCACGUCGCCGGCCUCGUCGUCGCGUACUACAGCCACGACUUUGCCCACUACCUCGCCGCCUCGUCGCUCGGCGCGUGGCUCAAGGAGCAGGGCGUGCCGGCCAUCUACGGCGUCGACACGCGCGCCCUCACCAAGCGCAUCCGCUCCAGCGGCAGCAUGCUCGGCAAGCUGCUCGCCGCGCGCAGCGCGCCCGCGCCCGCCAACGGCGUCGCGGCCGACUGGCGCGCCGAGUUCGACGACGUGCCGUACGCCGACCCCAACGCGCGCAACCUCGUCGCCGUCGUCUCGUCGACGCAGCCGCGCCUCUACACGCCCGCCAACACGAGUGCCGGCGGCUCGCUGGCGCCCGCCGGCGUGGCGCCGCUGCAGCACCCGAGCGGCCGCCCGCUGCGCAUCCUGGCGCUCGACGUGGGCAUGAAGUACAACCAGAUCCGCUGCUUCACCAGCCGCGGCGCCGAGCUCAAGGUGGUGCCGUGGGACCACGACUUCCUCGCCGCCAGCGAGGAGCCCUUCGACGGCCUCUUCAUCUCCAACGGUCCCGGCGACCCGACGAGCUGUGCGCCGACGAUUGCGCGCAUCGCCAAGCUCAUGGAGCGCACGGGCGUCGCGGCCAUUCCCAUCUUCGGCAUCUGUCUCGGCCACCAGCUGCUGGCGCUUGCCGCCGGCGCCAAGACGGAGAAGAUGAAAUUCGGCAACCGCGGCCACAACAUUCCGUGCACCGACCAGCUCUCGGGCCGCUGCUACAUCACGUCGCAGAACCACGGCUACCAGGUGCUGGCGUCGUCGCUGCCCGCGCACAAGGGCUGGGGCGAGCUCUUCGUCAACGCCAACGACGGCUCGAACGAGGGCAUCCACUGCACGCAGGGCCCCUACUUCAGCGUGCAGUUCCACCCCGAGUCGACGCCCGGCCCGCGCGACACCGAGUUUCUCUUCGACGUGUUCCUGCGCAGCGUGCAGGACUGCGCCGCCAUCAAGGCGGCCGGCGACGAUGCCGCACAGCUGCCGCCCGUCGCCUUCACCGGCGGCCUGGCGGCCGAGAACGCGGCCGUGUACCCGCGCGUGGAUGUGCGCAAGGUGCUGGUGCUCGGCUCGGGCGGCCUGUCGAUCGGCCAGGCCGGCGAGUUCGACUACUCGGGCUCGCAGGCCAUCAAGGCGCUCAAGGAGGAGGGCAUCUACACGGUGCUCAUCAACCCCAACAUCGCCACGAUCCAGACGAGCGCCGGCCUGGCCGAUAAGGUGUACUUCCUGCCCGUGACGCCCGAGUUCGUGCUCAAGACGGUGCGCCACGAGCGUCCCGACGGCAUCUACGUGACGUUUGGCGGCCAGACGGCGCUGAACGUGGGCAUUGCCAUCAAGGAGGAGCUCGAGAAGCUCGGCGUCAAGAUUCUCGGCACGCCCAUCGACACGAUCAUCACGACGGAGGACCGCGAGCUGUUUGCGCGCGCCAUGGAGCAGAUCGGCGAGCGCUGCGCGCCCUCGGCGUCGGCGGUCAACUGGGACGAGGCGCUGGCGGCGAGCAAGAGCAUCGGCUUCCCCGUCAUCGUGCGCGCCGCCUUUGCUCUCGGCGGCCUCGGCUCUGGCUUUGCCAAGAACGAGGAGGAGCUGCGCCGCCUCUGCGUCGCCGCAUUUGCCAACUCGCCGCAGGUGCUCGUCGAGAAGAGCAUGAAGGGCUGGAAGGAGGUCGAGUACGAGGUGGUGCGCGACUGUCGCAACAACUGCAUCACCGUCUGCAACAUGGAGAACUUCGACCCGCUCGGCAUCCACACGGGCGACUCGAUCGUCAUUGCGCCGUCGCAGACGCUCGACGACGCCGACUACAACAUGCUCCGCACGACGGCCGUCAACGUCAUCCGGCACCUGGGCGUAGUCGGCGAGUGCAACAUCCAGUACGCGCUCAACCCGCACUCGAAGGAGUACUGCAUCAUCGAGGUCAACGCGCGCCUGAGCCGCUCGUCGGCGCUGGCGAGCAAGGCGACGGGCUACCCGCUGGCCUUCAUUGCCGCCAAGCUGGGCCUCGGCAUUCCGCUCAACGAGAUCCGCAACUCGGUCACGCGCGAGACGAGCGCCUGCUUCGAGCCGAGCCUCGACUACGUCGUGUGCAAGUUCCCGCGCUGGGACUUGCGCAAGUUCGUCCGCGUCAGCUCCAAGCUGGGCAGCUCGAUGAAGUCCGUCGGCGAGGUCAUGAGCAUCGGCCGCACCUUCGAGGAGGCCAUCCAGAAGGCGAUCCGCUCGAUCGACUACCAGUUCGACGGCUUCGGCCAGAACGACUACGCCGACCCGGCCGAGAUCGACGAGGAGCUGAUGAACCCGACGGACAAGCGCAUGUUCGCCAUCGCCAAUGCCUUUGCCAAGGGCUACACCGUCGACCAGAUCCACCAGGCCUCGUCGAUUGACCGCUGGUUCCUCUCGAAGCUCAAGGGCCUCUCGGACGCCGCCGAGGUGUUCCGCACCUACACGGCCGGCACGCUGCCCGUCGCGCUCCUCACGCAGGCCAAGCAGCUCGGCUUCAGCGACCGGCAGAUGGCCAAGUUCCUCAGCAGCACCGAGCUGGCGGUGCGCAGCAUGCGCAAGGAGCACAACAUCAUGCCCUUCGUCAAGCAGAUCGACACUGUCGCCGCCGAGUUCCCCGCCUACACCAACUACCUCUACACGACGUACAACGCCGCCGAGCACGACGUCAAGUUCGAGGACAAGGGCGUCAUGGUGCUCGGCUCGGGCGUGUACCGCAUCGGCUCGUCGGUCGAGUUCGACUGGUGCGCCGUGCGCGCCAUCCGCACGCUGCGCGAGCGCGGCUUCAAGACGGUCAUGGUCAACUACAACCCCGAGACCGUAUCGACGGACUACGACGAGGCGGACCGCCUGUACUUUGAGAACAUCUCGCUCGAGACGGUCAUGGACAUCUACGACGCCGAGCGCGCCACGGGCGUCAUCAUCUCGAUGGGCGGCCAGACGCCGAACAACAUUGCGCUGCCGCUGCACCGCCAGAACGUCAAGAUCCUCGGCACGUCGCCCGAGAUGAUCGACAUGGCGGAGAACCGCUACAAGUUCUCGCGCAUGCUCGACAAGAUCGGCGUCGACCAGCCGCUGUGGAAGGAGCUGACGAGCUUCGAGGAGGCGCACGAGGCGUGCGCGCGCUUCGGCUACCCCGUCCUCGUGCGCCCCAGCUACGUGCUCUCCGGCGCGGCGAUGAACGUCGUCUACUCGCCCGAGGACCUCAGCAGCUACCUCUCGCAGGCCACGGCCGUGAACCGCGACCACCCCGUCGUCAUCACCAAGUACCUCGAGGGCGCCAAGGAGAUUGAGAUGGACGCCGUGGCGCGCGACGGCAAGAUGAUCAUGCACUACGUCUCCGAGCACGUCGAGAACGCCGGCGUGCACUCGGGCGACGCCACCCUCAUCCUGCCGCCGCAGGACCUCGACCCCGAGACGGUGCGCCGCAUCGAGGCGGCGACGGCCAAGAUUGCCGCCUCGCUGCACGUCACGGGCCCCUUCAACAUCCAGUUCAUCGCCAAGAACAACGAGAUCAAGGUCAUCGAGUGCAACGUGCGCGCCGCGCGCUCGUUCCCCUUCGUGAGCAAGGUGACGGGCGUCGAUGCCAUCCAGAUGGCGACGGACGUGAUGCUCGGCCUGCCCGUCGAGCCGUACCCGCCGCUGCAGAUGCCGUCGCGCGACUACGUCGGCGUCAAGGUGCCGCAGUUCUCCUUCUCGCGCCUGGCCGGCGCCGACCCGAUUCUCGGCGUCGAGAUGGCGUCGACGGGCGAGGUGGCGUGCAUGGGCCGCAACAAGUACGAGGCGUACCUCAAGGGCAUGAUUGCCUCGGGCAUCAAGCUGCCGACGAAGAACGUGCUGCUCUCCAUCGGCAGCUUCAGCGAGAAGGUCGAGCUGCUGCCGUCGGUGCGCACGCUGCACGCCCUCGGCUUUACGCUCUACGGCUCGUCGGGCUCGGCCGACUUCUACUCGGAGCACGGCGUGCCGGUGAUCCACCUCGAGGCGCUGCCCGAGGACGACGAGUGGAAGGGCGAGGAGAGCAGCAAGGCCGCCUACUCGCUCCUCACCCACCUCGACCAGGGCCUCUCGUCGCUCUUCAUCUCGCUGCCGUCGAAGAACAAGUACCGCCGGCCCGUCAACUUCACGUCGAUGGGCUACCGCGCGCGCCGCCUGGCCAUCGACCGCAGCAUCCCGCUCAUCACCAACGUCAAGAACGCCAAGCUCUUCGUCGAGGCCAUUGCGCGCCACCGCGCCGCCGGCAGCAACUUUGACAUUUCGCCCGUCGACUUCAAGACGAGCCACACGAGCCACACGUUCCCCGGCCUCGUCAACGUGCAGGCCUUCGUGCCGAGCCUCGCCGACCCGGCGACGGGCGCGCGUGACAUUGCCGCCAUCACCAAGGCCUCGCUCGCCGCGGGCUUCACGACGGUGCAGUUCAUGCCCGUCGGCCUCAAGGCGGGCCACGCCAUCACCGACGAGGGCUCGCUGGCGGUGGCCGAGGGCAAGGUGUCGGGCUCGGCGCACUGCGACGUGGCGCUGUCGCUCUCGGCGACGCGCGAGAACUCGGCGCUCGUCGCCGAGCUGGCGCAGCGCGCGCGCUCGCUCGUCGUCUCCUUCGACGCGCUCGGCGCCGACGUGAGCAAGAUUGCCACGCUCUCGGCGCACUUUGCCGCGUGGCCCGAGAGCCGGCCGAUCGUGACGGAUGCGCGCGGCAACGACCUCGCCUCGGUGCUGCUGCUCGCCAGCCUGCACAGCCGCAGCGUGCACGUCACCAACGUGAUGCGCCGCGACGACAUGGCGCUCGUCGUGCUGAGCAAGGCCAAGGGCAUGGACGUGACGUGCGACGUGGGCGUCUACUCGCUCUUCUUCAACACGGAGAUGUACCCGCAGGCGUCGUGCCUGCCGUCGGCCGACGACCAGGCGGCGCUGUGGGAGCACAUGGUGGACAUCGACGUGUUCUGCGUCGGCGCGACGCCGUACCGCCUGGCGCUCGAGCUCGGCGAGACGCCGGCGCCCGAGGCGGGCAUCCAGGAGACGAUGCGCCUGCUCCUCGAGGCGGUCAACGAGCAGCGCCUGACGCUCGACGACGUGCUGACGCGCCUCAGCACGCGCCCGCGCGAGAUCUUCCGCAUCGCCGAGCAGCCCGACACGCACAUCGAGGUCGACGUCGACCGGCCCGCCGUGCUGCGCCGCCAGGCGCACUGGUCGCCCCUCUCGGCCCGCUCCACGCGCGGCUUCAUCCACCGCGUGCUCGUGCGCGGCAAGGCUGUCGUCGUUGAUGGCGAGAGCCUGUCGGACGGCACGUUUGGCGCCAACAUCGCCGGCGUGCUCACCGCGGCGACUUCGUCCAAGGCCAUCGCCGUCGCCACGCCCGGCGUGCAGGCUGCCGCAGCCGCGCGCCGCGUCUCCUUCUCGCAGACGCCCGGCACGAGCUCGCAGCGGCCCGUGCUGCCGUUCGAUGUGCCCUCGUCGCCGCCGCAGCUGGCGCUGGGCGAUGCCAAGUCGCCGCAGCUCGGCUCGCUCGAGGUGAUUGCGCCGCCGGCGGCGCAGCGCCAGAGCGUCAGCCUCAUGUCGGCGUUCGCGCCGUCGCCGGCUGCGGCGCCCGACGCGCGCCUGCCGUCGCUGCGCUCGAUGCUCGUGCACCCGACGUACACGCGCAAGCACAUCCUCACGCCGCGCCAGUUCAACCGCGACGACCUGCACGCCCUCUUCACGGUGGCGCAGGAGCUGCGCCUGCAGGUCGAGCGCCACGGCGUCAUCGACGUGCUGCGCGGCCGCGUGCUGACGACGCUCUUCUUCGAGGAGAGCACGCGCACGAGCUGCAGCUUCGAGGCGGCCAUGGUGCGCGGCGGCGGCCAGGUUGUGGCCGUCAACACGAGCCGCUCGAGCGUGUCCAAGGGCGAGUCGCUCGCCGACACGAUCCGCACCGUCGGCGCCUACACCGACGCCGUCGUGCUGCGCCACCCGCAGAUCGGCAGUGCGCAGGAGGCCGCCAAGGCCUCGCCCGUGCCCGUCAUCAACGCCGGCGACGGCGCCGGCGACCACCCGACGCAGGCGCUGCUCGACGUGUUCACCAUCCGCGAGGAGCUCGGCACGGUCAGCGGCCUCACGGUGACGCUGCUCGGCGACCUGCGCUACGGCCGCACGACGCACUCGCUCGUCGAGCUCCUCGCCCUCUACGGCGUCACGCUCAACUUUGUUGCGCCUGCUGGUCUGGAGAUGCCCGAGGCGAUCAAGCGCAGCCUCAGCAAGAAGGGCAUCCGCCAGUACGAGACGUCGAACAUCGAGGAGGUCAUCAGCUCCACGGAUGUGCUCUACGUGACGCGCACGCAGAAGGAGCGCUUCGCCUCGCCCGAGGCGUACGAGGCCGUCAAGGGCUCGUACCGCGUCGACCAGCGGCUGCUGAGCCGCGCCAAGCCGACGAUGGUGCUGCUGCACCCGCUGCCGCGCAACGACGAGCUUGCGGACGAUGUCAUGUACGACGACCGCUGCGCCGUGUUCCGGCAGGUCAAGGCGGGCCUGUACGUGCGCCUCGCCCUGCUCGCCAUGGUGCUCGCAUAAAGGGAGAGGCAGCCCACUCCCUCUCUCGCCUCCGCCUCUAGAACUAGACCUUCUGUGCUUCGACUGUAAUUUGCCGCAAAAGCAGCGCUUCGCUGCGCCCUUCUCUCCCUCCUCUACUUAUCGACUCGUUGAACUAGAUGCUUUCGGCUUAU